AUGAAGCUGAUCCAGUUUGUUAUGAUCGUUUUCUGCUUCUGUCAUCAGUCUCCAAAUGCCUUUUCGUGUCCCCAAGAUGAUGAUCCUUGCGGUGACUUCCAGCCGUUUUACGAAAUGGCGCUAAAAGGACAUGUCUUCCAGACGCUAAAAGUUCCAAGUUCACUUUAUUGUUUAGAAGCUUGCAAGCACGAGGCAAGAUGCCAGAGUUUCAACCACGUCAUGGGAAAAGACACCUGUGAGCUCAAUAACCGCACAAAAGAAGCAAGACCAGAGGACUUCAUCUCAGACGUUACCAAGUUGUACUUGAAAAAGCCUAAGAAUAGAGGUAAAUUGUAGAAGAGUCAAUUUACUGCAUGACAAAUAUAAGAUUUUAGGAAACUCUCCACCUACCUCUCCCUUUACUCGAUAUUUUUCCUUAAGUGUAAAGGUAGGAUGUUAAAGUUGGGUACUGUUAUGGGAGGAAUACUGAGGUGGGCAGUUUUUAGAGUCUCUAAAAGACGCCUCUAUGAGACGGACACCUCCCCCAAACGUACACCUGGAGUUGGUUCUCACCUUCGUACUUCAGUCAUCUUCUUUGUCGCUCUAUAACACGGACAGAGUACAACUAACUGGCUGAGAUGGACACUAAAUGGCAUUGAGUCCCUCUCUCCGCCGCAGAGCUGAGGCUCGCGAUCCGUAACAACAAUUGCUACAGAUUUUACUUGUUAUCAGGUGAUAUCUGGUUGUAAUAGAGUUAAUUUAAGUCUUGUCUUGUCUUGUCUAAAAAUAGUAAGCGCGGGGUGGACGACGAGAGGAGAAAAAAGGAGGGAGCCCGGCCUGUUGUUCUGUCUUUCGCAUUCUUAUCGUCUGCUGCGCGCUUUUUUAUUUUCCUCUCCCCAUCCUCCUCUCGACGCAAGGAGGCUUACGCAGAUGAAAGAGAGGCAGUAGGGACUUUAGGCAGUGACCUUUUUGAGCGACGAACGUCAACCGGAAGUUAAUCUUCUUCUCUUUUUAUAUGCCAUGACGCUACCAAAUUUGUAUUGCCAGGAGUCUUCACUCUUAAAGAGACGUUUUGCCCAAAACUUUGUUCAAAAUCACGGCUCAACAGUGCAAAAAAAAAGUUGCACUUUUUUGUCGCCCGUUUUUCCGUACCUUAAAGCUAAAGUGUAAGGUUACGUUAUGUCGUGUUCUCUUGUGGUUUACCACUUUUCGCCACUUAGGUAAUAAAUGAAACUAGGCACCUUAAUUUUCUUCCUUGAAUGCUGAGAGAAUGCUAUGUACUCGGUUUUCCUUCACAAAAUAACACACAACGCAAAAUCAAAGUGAAGGGAAAAAUCAUUUUAAAUAUGUGGAAUAAACCUGAACACUCCCUUAAAAACUCCAUUCUGGGUUCGUUUCCAGCUGAUACCAAUUCGGAUUAAAUGGGAGGAGGUCUUUUCCACCUAGAUUUGACGCGUAAAUUGUAAGCUAAUUAAGAUGUGCUAAACGUUACUUCUUUUGACAGUGGCCCUUGGAUCCAUUCCUGAACUUCCAGCUGUAAGCUGCGAGGAAAUAAAGAUGAGUGAGGGACAGGUUGUGGCCAGUAAAAAAUACUGGAUGAUCUGUAUAAACCAGGAUAUGGCAGUACUUGCUUACUGCAAUAUGACGACGGGAGGUGAGCUUAAUUACCUGCGAGCCUUUGCGAGCCAGCACACAACUCUACAAUAGCGGGAAAAUGCCAAAAUUUGGCGGACGUAAGAUCUGUAAGAUUAGAAGCAUGCACAAUAGAUUGUUUUUUUUUAUUAUUAUCCGGGAUAUUCACUCCUGUGUGAUGACGUCUGGUAAAACGUGCUCGUGGACGAGAUUGAGAUAUUUCGAGUAAAUGUCCAGGGUGCAAGCAGAUUAUAAACGAGGAGAGUGUUUUGUAAUUGCUUAUUAUAACGUUAUUUUAUUUUAAAACAUGCUUACCAACCCUAAUUACCAGAGGUCACUUUCAUCUACGUCCCUUUAUUUAUUUUCAAACUGUAUUCCUCGUAUUUUCUUCCACCUCUGAUGCCAGUGCUAACUUUCAAAUUGAAACUCCUACUCGUUUUUCUUAUCGGAGAUGUUUGAUCACAAAUUGCUUAAAAAUAUUAAUGAUUAAUUCUCGCAUUAGCGUCCCUUUAAUUAAGUGUACCCGCAUUCGAAUAAGUGUGCUUACUUUUCACACCCCUUCUUAUCCCCCCUCCUGAUUUAACGGUUUCACGACAAAGUUGACUGACGAAAGCAAAGAUUAUUAGUAGGAAAAAACGCCAUAUAUUACAGAUUUGUUUUUCACUGAUAAAGUGCUGGCACCCUAGUGUUAAAUUGACUUUGAGGAAAGAGGGAACGUUUGCAAUGUAUUACCAACAAUACUAUUUAGUCAUAUUACCGAUAACGUGAGUUCAGUGAGAUCUAAAUUUUCGUUGUCUUCCUGAUAUACCCUGAAGUGUUCAUUCAACAGUUUAAGGUCCCCUUUCCCUGAUAAAUUAAAGUAACUGAAAACCUUAAGUGUCGUUAACAUCUUUUGGUGGCUUUGCUGCUAACGAGGAGGUCUUAUGUAAGGUGGAACUUGGAUUUACGGGGGGAGCGUAUUCUUUCUGAGACGCGAAACUUGCUAAACUUGCACGAGUUCUUGUUGUAAGGCGUUUACCAAACCGGCUUUUUCAGUAUGUAUUGGUUUGUUUUAAUUUUCAGUGCCUCUUAUCAAUUUUACAACAAAAGGAUACACGGGACGAUAUGGUAUUAUUCAAAGAUUCAUAGUUCCGAAGUCCGGUGUUUAUCUGAUAAAAGCCUGGGGUGCUCGAGGAGGAACACACUCGACUAACUAUGGAGACUAUCCCGGAACUUACUAUGGUGGAAGAGGAGCGAUGAAGCAAGGAACGUUUUGCUUGAAUGUAGAAACUGUUCUGAAUAUUGUGGUGGGUCAGAGAGGAGGAGACUCAGUGGAAGUGAAAGGAGGACAGUCUACUAACUUGACGGCAGCGCAACUGGAACUGUCUGUAGAGGACAAUGCUGGUACUGGGGGAGGGGGAGGGAGCUUCGUUUAUACAACAAAUAACGAGCUUUUGUUAGCUGCCGGAGGGGGAGGGGGUGCGUCUAAUGGGUAUAACGGGGUGGAUGGUCAGGCGGGUCCUAAUGGCACCAGUAGUGUAGGGAACGAUUCAAGUGCGAUUUAUGGCGGAGGGACUGGGGGACAACCUGGUCAAUGUAACAAUAAUCCCGAGACGGCUGACUACCAUGGGGGAGUGGGUGCAGGUUGGUUGGGGGAAGGGUGCGCCAGAGUCGGCCCAGAACAUGGGGAAAGGGGUGGAUCACGU